AUGGCCGCGUCUGCAGCGGGCGCUCGGGGCUGGCUGCCGUGGCUGCUGCUCCUGGCCGGGCCGGCCGCCGCCUCUUCCUCCUGGGCCGGCCCCGCCGAGCCGGGCGGCGGCGGCGGCCGAGGGGCGCGGGCGGCGGGGGCGCGCGGCAGGGAGGCCGACUCGGGCGGCGGGGGGCCCCAGGCCGAGGAGCCGCGCUCGCCGCCCCACGACUCGUCCUACGGCACCUUCGCCGGCGAGUUCUACGACAUGCGCUUCCUCUCCGACGAGGGUUAUCCAUUCCCAACUGCACCUCCAGUAGAUCCAUUUGCAAAAAUUAGAGUGGAUGACUGUGGGAAAACAAAAGGAUGCUUUAGGUAUGGUAAACCUGGAUGUAAUGCAGAGACCUGUGACUACUUCCUCAGCUAUCGCAGAAUAGGAGCUGAUAUAGAGUUUGAGCUGAGUGCAGAAACGGAUGGCUGGGUGGCCGUGGGAUUUUCCUCAGAUAAGAAAAUGGGUGGAGAUGAUGUCAUGGCCUGUGUUCAUGAUGACAAUGGAAGAGUCCGAAUACAUCAUUUCUAUAACGUCGGUCAGUGGGCAAAAGAGAUCCAAAGGAAUCCUGCUAGAGAUGAAGAAGGUAUUUUUGAAAACAAUCGUGUAACGUGCCGAUUCAAGCGUCCUGUGAAAGUUCCCAGGGAUGAAACUAUUGUAGAUCUUCAUCUGAGUUGGUACUAUUUAUUUGCUUGGGGCUCAGCAAUUCAAGGUUCUAUAACUCGGCAUGACAUAGACUCUCCCCCUGUCUCAGAGCGCGUGGUCAGUAUUUACAAGUACGAAGAUAUUUUUAUGCCAUCAGCUGCCUAUCAGACCUUCUCUUCCCCGUUCUGCUUGCUGCUUAUUGUUGCACUGACAUUUUAUUUAUUGAUGGGAACUCCAUGAUCACAGUUGCUGUGUGUGUGUGGCAAACAAGGAGAUGUCAGCAAAUCUUUUCUACUGGAAUUUUUAUUACUGGACACUUAGCUGUUUGUUCAACGUGAUCUCCUUGGGUGACAUAAAUUAGGAACCUUGCUGCUGCUUGAGCCAUAGAGAUGUGCCAAAUAGUCAUGCCAGUUGCGAAAAAGCAGGGGGGGCACUGAAAUUGACUCAUCACUUUUAUUAGAUAUGUUGCUUGUUUAAUUUAAAAUGGUGUAAUAGAGUAAUAUUUUGAAUAACAUAUACAGUUUCACUUUCUAAGUUUAAAUUGCCUUGAGAGAAUAGGGGAGAUGCAUCUUAUUCAUAUAAGGAUUUAGGUAAUAUUUUGGUAUAAUUAACAUUUAUUAUUUAGGCUUGGGAUCCAAAGUUACCGCAUUUCUCAUCUUCCUGAGAAUUCUACAUCUAACAGAAAUAGUUGACAUGCUUAAAUAGGUGCAAAUGACUCAUAAACUAGCCAAUACUACAUUGUCUGUAAGGAAAAAUGUCUGGAAAAGAGGAAGCUUUUGUGCAGAAUGAGAAUAAUUGGCUUUGCUGCCACAGUAAAUUGCUGGCAUAGACCCCUUUCAGAAAAUGGUUGCUAGUCAACUAGUUUCAUAAAUAAACAAAAUUAGUGUCAUUGGAAAGGCUUUUUCUACAACCAUAUAUGGGCAUGAAAAAAAUAACAGCUAGCUUUCUAGUAUGGUUAACAAAUUUUUCUUAUGUUCCCCAAAGUUGGCACUAUAUGAGUUAAGCGAAUUAAAAAGUAACGUGUUUCUAUAUAUUUUGGAAUAGUUUGUGUUGUUGAAUACAUUCCUCUUUUAUUAUGUAUGCAUAAAAAUGAACAAAGUGUGAGAAGAAAAAAUACCAAUUUAUAGUUUUCAUGUUCCCUUUUUCUGAGAAGAAAAAAAACAUGUAGGUCAAGCAAAAGAUUGAAUUAGUAUUGAAUACAUCUUUGAAACUAGAAAUAAUAUAAUCCCUAAGUAUAUACAAAGCAGUAUAUUCUUAGGAAAAAUAAUACAUAAAAAAUGUAAAAUGAGAUCCCUAUUGCCCUCAGUGAGAAGUACCCUGUGAAAUAUGAAGACGAUCAGUAAACAAUGUUUAAGUCAAGUUUGCGUAUUACUUAUUAGGCUUUAUAUUCCACAAAGAUAAUUAGCAUAUUUAACAAAAUUUGUCAUGGAUGCCAAGCAUCAUCUCCAGGCAGAUUGUCCAUAUAGUUCAAAUACAUUGCUGGCAAAAAUUGUUUCUGCUUGGAAAAGUAUGCAUUCGUUAAA